AUGGUUGUUGGUGCUUUUCCAGCUGCAAAGUUAGGAGCGUUAUUGUUGAAACAAAUAAGCAAACCUAUAGCAAAUGUUGUUAAAAAUCAAGCAAAGUCUUCACCAGUAUUUAGGAAGUAUGUUUGCAUGCCUCCAGCACAAUUUUAUAAUUGGUGUGAGGUGAAAGCUAAAAUGUGGAUUUUGAACUUAGGAAAACCUGUAAAUAUACCAGUACUUAAUGAAGCUAUGGCAAUAGAAUUAGGUGCUAAUUUAUUAGGAGAAGGAAUUAUUUUUUUAAUUGCUGCAGGAAUGGUUGUAUUUGAGUAUAAUAGAUCAUCAAGAAAAGAAGCUGCUAAAGAAGAAGCAAAAGCUAAAGAAAUGUAUGAUUUGAAAAAUACUAUCACAGAACUAUUUAUGCAAACAGAAGAACAAGGAGCACAGUUAAGAGAAUUAACUAGGAAAUUAGGAGAUUUAGAGAAGACAUUACAUAAAAGGAUUAUUCAUGAUACUCCUAAACCGCCUCCAGAUGUACCACAAAAAAGUGGCACCGUCAUUUCACAUUCUCUUAGGAAUGAUUUUGAACCUUCACUAACGUCUUCGAUUAACAAUUAUGCAAUGAAGCCAAAUGAAAUUGAAAAUCAACGAUCUUCUGGAAAGCAAUUUUUUCGACAUCAAAAUCCUAGCAUUAUAUUAAGAGCAGUAAAUGACGUUGAGAAUCAGUUUUGGAAUCAUCCGUUUAUAGAGGAACAAGAAGAUAGUUUUCUAAUUUUAAGUCUAUACUAUGUACAAAGUUUGUUACGAUUGUAGCUUAAAACUGUAAAUAUUGAAAAUUAACAAUAAGUCAAAAAGCGAAUAUAAUAACUCGAAUAUUU